UAUAAAUGUAAAAUAAUCAAGGUGCAGCAACUCAAGAAUAAUCAAUUAAUUAAGAGAAUAAGCCAGAAUCAAGACCAUGUACUUUAUGUUAAACUUUCUAUGGAACAGCUGCAACAUAAUUUUAUUGUUCAAAAUGCUACUAGUAAUCAUUUGAAUUAAUUAUUAUUAAGAUCAAUAAAAAAAGAAAGUCCUAUAAAAAACUAAUUAUAAUAAUAGGUAGUUUAAGAAAUAUAAUAACAAAAUGAAAUAGUAAAGUUGAAAGUAAAAUUUUUGUAUUUAAACUUUUUCAGGAAGACCCAUCCAAAUGUAAAAUUUGUAAAAAAAAAUUGGGAAUAUCAGGUAUACAAUGCAAAUGUGAGGCAUAUUUUUGCAAUAAACAUCGUUUGCCAGAGGAACAUUAAUGUACUUUCGAUCAUGCAGAAAAGGCUAAAUAAUAACUUAUAAAAAAUAAUCCCCUUGUUGAUCAUAAAAAAUUGGAAUAAUUGUGAUGUUUUACCUUAUAAAAUAAGUUCG